AUGGACCAUGGAGCCGAAUGCAAACCAGAGACGAAAUACAAAUUUAAAGUCAACAAGCUUAAUAAUGAGAUCCAAUGCCGAGAUGCAAAAGGAACCUGUAAAAGACAAAUCUGUGAGUGCGACAAGGCGUUCACCCUCCGACUUAGAGAGGCGGAAAAUAGUGAUGAUGGCUGGAAAAUCGAGCACAGUCAACAACUUGGAGGCUUCAGUAGAUCUCAAUGUAGUCAUCAAAAUCCAGAUAAACGGAUUAAGAUCGACAAGGAAGAAACUGAAGAAAAAUGCUGCGGAUCCGGAAUGAAUCGCCAUCCAUACAAAAUGAACAAGAACGGUACUGGAAGACAGUGUUGCGGAUCAACACUUUACGAUGCUGACACCCAAGAAUGCUGCAUGGACAAUCUCCUCACUGCUAUUGGCGCCAAUGAUGAAGAGUACUAUGCCGAGCUCGUGGAUAAAUACGAAUCGGAAACAACAAAGAUCGUGGUUGCUCCCUCUGACUACUACGGAUCCGAUCUUGUCGACAUCAAGCACAACUGGGGAGAUUCAGACGAUCGCAUCGUCUGGAGAACCCGGCAAUGCCUGGACUAUCUUUUCAUGUGGAACAUUGGCCUCGAGUACGACUACUUUCUUCAGCUUGAGGAUGAUCUGGUCAUCGACCGUGGAUUCUUCCAAUUUCUGAUGAUGCAAAUCCAGCAGAGAAAAGACGACCCAGAUUGGGUCUCACUUGAGUUCUCCGAAAUGGGCUUUAUUGGAAAGCUCUUCAGAAAAACUAGUCUUCAUGAUCUCAUCACUUAUACGAAGCUUUUCUAUCGAAUCAAACCAAUCGACGUGAUCUACUGGGCGUUCGUGAAAAUGAAAGCUUGUCUGCCCUCAUACGACGCGGAGAGAUGCAAAUCGCUUGUGGACAAAGUUGCAGUUCCAGUUCACGGAAAGAACUUUCUUCAUCACGUGGGGCGCGUUUCAUCCCUUCAGGGGAAAAUUUCGCACUUGGGCGACUUGAAUCCGACGAUUGAGGCGGGAAAAAUUGUGACUAACUUGAACAAAAAGGAUGUUCUCGAAUUUUAUUAUGGGAAGAGAGGUCUUUUUCUCCAAGCUUCUCAAAAAGACACCACGAUAGAAUUUCACUUCAGCCAUCUUCAGUCCCCGCAAAAUCUCGUUAUUACCUCUGGAACCAUUGAUUUUCAUCAGAUUAUUCCAGCUGAUAUUAAAAUUGACAUGAUAACCUCAAGCGAACAGACCAGUUGGACAAAUAAUCCGCCGGGAAAAGCUUGUUUUCAUGAUAAACAAGAAAAAGGAAAGCUUCUUUGCGAUCUUCAACGACUCAAUCCGAGCAAAAAACUUGUAAAAGCGCUGAGGCUAGCAAUUCCUUCAAGAACUCACGUGAUGCUACACAAAAUAACCAUUGCUGGAUGA